AUGGUAGCUCUCGGGAUGCGACCGACCUACGUUGGGCAGCUGACAAGCUGCUCUUCCACGAUGCGGCGAUUGGAAUCAACGAGGGACCGUAUGCUGUCUCGCACCAUGGCUCCAUCAUUGCAUCGAAGCGUUGGUGGCAUUCGGACACUUGGCAUCCGAAGCUCUCGUCCUCAGCCAGAGAUUGCCAUCUCGGACCUACUUUCGAAUUCAGCUGCAGCUCAAGGCAUCAGAGCCGCCUUGCCCAACUCGCUCGCACGUACCGUGCAAUCCGAAGCGGCUGUUGGUCGCUCUUGGUUCCGCUCCUCCUCGGCUUCACAGCGCGCAUCAUCUUUAUCGGACAACUCUGACGGUCAAGCUGGCGAGCCGAGGGUUGCUCGCAAGCAGCGUGGUCGGCGCUGGCUCAGACGAUCAGGCAUGCUUGUAGCAGCCUUAGGCGUUGUCUAUAUCGUCGAUGAAUACAUCAAUGCGCGAACCGCGCAACGUAACUUGUUGACCGCCUGGACUGGCCUCCAGAUCGCCAUGGAUUACAAGCUCAACUUUGACCGCAACUCGCUCGAAUCCAUCAACGCGCUCCACGAACGAUGCGCAGACAAGCUUAUGUAUGUCUGCGAAAAAAACCAGGGUCUGUACGUCAAGCUCGGCCAGGCGAUCGGCUGUCAAGCAGCCAUCCUUCCCAAACCAUAUCAUCAGUUGACAAAGUUGUUCGAUAACGCUGAGCGCCUGCCGUACGAACAAGUUCGCAAGGUGCUGAUCGACGAAUUGGGUGCAGAUCCCAAAGAGGUGUUUGCCGAAUUUGACGAGGUCCCUGUUGCAGCUGCCAGCGUCGCGCAGGUGCACAGGGCUCGUCUCAAACCUCCACCGGGCUCGGCACCGGGAACGCUCGGGCCAGAGGUAGCAGUCAAGGUGCAACGACCCAACAUUCGCAAGUACGCCAAAUGGGAUCUGUGGUCCUUCCGAGUCUUGCUCAAGCUCUAUGAACGAAUUUUCGAGCUGCCACUCUCCUUCUCGGGACAAUACAUUUCGGAUCAGAUCGAGCAAGAGACGUUUUUCGAUCGUGAGCUCGCCAAUUCGCUCCGUGCCAAAACGGCUAUCGAAACCGAUCCGGUAGGCUUGGUGCGCAGGACUUGCUAUGUACCUCAGUUCUACAAGCAAUUCUGCACACCGAGAGUGCUUGUGAUGGAGUGGAUCGGUAACACGUGUCGCAUGACCGACCGCGACAAGCUCGACGAGUGGGGCUUGUCGGCUAAGCAAGUAUCUCGAUCCGUCUGCGAGGCGUUUGCAAGUCAGAUUUUUCAGCACGGCUUUGUGCAAGCAGAUGGUCAUCCUUCCAACGUGCUGGUUCGGCAGCAUCCUAACGGCAAAAAGGGCCAACACCAAGUGGUGCUCAUCGACCAUGGUCUGUAUGUAGAGCUGAGCGAAGAUUUCCGUCGCAAAUACGCUCAGCUUUGGAAGGCCAUCUUCACGCUCGAUCUCAAGACACUCGACGAGAUUACUGUGAGCUGGGGUAUGGGUCAAGGAUCAUCCGAGCUGUUCGCUUCGGCUACUUUGCUUCGACCAUGGAGCAAGCCCAAAAGCAAAGACGAGGCCAACAAGCUGGGAGAACAUGCUCCCAAGACGGAUCUCGAAUUACAGCGGGAGAUAAAGGACAAGCUCAAGAUCUUCCUCGAACAUACGGAAUUGUUGCCGAAAGAGCUGCUCUUUGUGAGUCGAUCAAUGCGCAUCAUCCAAGCCAACAAUCAGGUCCUCGGUUCGCCGGUGAACCGACUCAACAUCCUCGCCAAGCACGCCGCCGCCGCGCUCAUCAGCAGCACCGACACGCCCAGUCUGUAUCGCGUAUUCAGACCAAUUCGAUCCAACACAGCGCUUAAAGACACUUCAAUUGGACAACGUUUCUCUACGUGGAUCAAGGAUCGAUUCGACUUUGUACGUUUUCGAUCAACGCUCCUCGUCCUCGAUCUGGCGUUCAUCGGCUCCGCCAUCUCACACUGGCUCAGCUACUUUGCCAGAGCUCCGGCGUCGGCCUUGAUGGGGAAAACUGAUCCCAACAAGCGAGGCUUCGAAGACGAUCUCGAGCAAAGUAUACGCCAGAUGGCCAGGGACGAGUUUGGCGUCCAACUCGACGAGGGCGCAUUCCUUGGCUGA